GCAUGUGAUUUUGUUAUUUUUUUAAUUUUCUGCAACGGCUGCACUUUUGAGCGCCAAAUGUCGAAUCAGCAAAAUAAAAAAAAUGUCCAAAUCAUUUGCAAUAAAAGGGCUUUAGACUUGACCGAAGAACUCCCUGGAAGACAAGAGGAAAACCAUGCCAAGCGCCAGUGCACGGAGGGCCUCUUCUGGCCGGACAGCGACGAUGAGAGCAUCUUUUCCAACGCAAAGCUGGAGGAUUUGCUCAGCGGGCGAAAAGAUGAGCUCUUCGGGACGCAGGUACAGACAAGCAGCAACAUGAUGCAGAGCGAGCUGCCGGAUGACGGGCUUUUUGGCGACACAUCCUUCGCCGACACAUCAUUGAAGCUGGAACCCGCGGGUACCCGGGCUGCAGCGGACCAUGAUCAGCAAAUUGAUCUGUCCGGCGAUGCGGACGCCAAUGAGGUGUUUAAGAAAAUCAACCUAAACGACCUGAGCGUUGCCGAAAUGGAGGACAUAUUCCACGGAGCCGAAGACUUCAGUGAGCCGCUGAUGCAAAACACGCAACUUUUCCUGGACGCAGUGGCUUUCAAGGUGCUCCGAACGCCGGAGAAGCUGAAUCAGUCGUCGACAAAGGGCGACGAGUCCAUGUCCUUUAUUUCCAAGUCUGUGCUCGAGGGCAUAGUGCAGGGAACGCAGUACGAGACAUGCGAAGAGCUUAGGAAUCGCUCCAUACUCGAUCCCGUGAACUGGGAGUCCCAGGCCUUUGCGGAUUUCGAGAGGGAUAACCAGGAGAGAGACAACUUCCCCAGCAAGGGCGAAUUUUAUGGCCUGCCGGAUAAGGUAAAGAGGAUGAUAUUAGAGCACAAAGGCAUCAAGAGUUUAUACGAAUGGCAGGACGAGUGCCUGAAUCUACCUGCUAUCAGGCAGCGAAAAAAUUUGAUCUACGCGCUGCCCACGAGCGGAGGAAAAACCCUUGUGGCCGAGAUUCUAAUGCUGCGCGAGCUGCUCUGUCGCGAACGCAAUGUUCUGUUCAUCCUGCCAUAUGUGUCGAUUGUCCAGGAGAAGGUCAGCGCCAUGUCGCCGUUUGCCAUCGACCUGGACUUUAUUGUGGAGGAGUACACGGCGGGAAAGGGCAAAUGUCCGCCGCAGCCACGCCGCAAGAGGCGCAGCCUUUUUAUUGCUUCAAUUGAAAAGGGAGCUGUGCUCAUGGACAGCCUGAUAGAUGUGCAGCGGCCCCAUGAGAUCGGACUGGUAGUGGUGGACGAGCUGCAUUUGAUAGGCGAACGGGGACGCGGAGCCACCUUGGAGGCCUUUCUAACCAAGGUGAUGUUUCUGAAUGCAAAUAUUCAAAUUGUCGGAAUGAGUGCCACGAUAGGCAAUCUCAGUGAAAUAUCCUCGUUUCUCAAUGCAGAUGUCUACACACGAGGUUUUCGGCCAGUUGAACUGAAGGAGUACAUCAAGUGUGGCUCGGACUUGUUAGAAAUCAAUGCGGCUGGUCAAACGCUGGACGAGAUCUUUGUACCCAGUCGCAGCGUCAACUAUCCGUACAGCGAAGCUGUGAAGAAAGCUGAUCCCGAUCACCUGGCGGGCUUGAUCAGCGAAUGCGCCCCGGAGCAUUGUUGCUUGGUAUUUUGUCCCAGCCGCAAGAACUGCGAGAAUGUGGCUCUCCUGCUCAGCCGCAUUGUGCCCAAGCAAAAGUUUUUCGAUCAUCGACGCAGCGAAAAAAUCGAUCUGAUGGAUGCCCUGGACAAGAUGUGUGGGAUCCUCAGUCCAGUUCUGGCCAAGACAUUGCCCUACGGCAUCGCCUAUCAUCACUCUGGCCUGACGACCGAUGAGAGGAAGUACAUCGAGACUGCCUACCGCUUCGGUGUGGUCACUGUCAUUUGCUGCACCUCCACACUGGCGGCGGGUGUUAAUCUGCCGGCCAAGCGGGUGAUCAUUCGUGCCCCCUAUGUGGGCCAAGAGUUUAUGACUCUGUGCAAGUACAAGCAAAUGGUGGGUCGCGCUGGACGAGCCGGACUGGGUGAGGCGGGUGAGAGCAUUCUGAUUGCCCAGAGCAAGGACAACCUGCAGGUCGGCCAAAUGCUAUUCUCACCCAUGGACAAGGCGCUAAGUUCGCUGGAUCAGCAGGAAGCGGUGGGACUGCAGUCUCUGAUUCUCAGCGUGAUUGGCCUGAACCUGGCGGAGUGUCGUCGGGAUUUGAAUCGCCUGGUGAAUAGCACUCUAUUAUCUGUGCAGGCCAGCACCCUGGAGGUGGCCGUGGACGACAUAGUGCUUCGCAUUUUGCGCGAGAUGUUCAAGAACAAGGUGCUCCAGGUGACCGAACCAUUGGGCAAAUCGAAGAUCAACUGUUCGGAGAUCAUAACCACACAGGAUGUAAAUCAAACUUCUGCUCGUCCUGCCGGCGAUCGGCGCCUACUCAUUGGUCAGUCCACCCGAUUUAAGCUGACCAACCUGGGGCGAGCUGCCUUCAAGGCAGGCAUUGAUUACAAGCGGGCCAAUGCCAUCCACAAGGAACUAAGGCAUGCUCAACAGCAGCUCAUCCUGACGAACUAUAGCCACCUGCUGUACCUAAUCGUGUGCUUCAACUCAAACGAACGUGGCGAUGAGUUGUUCCCGGCCGAUGCCAGCAUUCUGUUUCAAGUUUACACCUCGCUUCCGCCUGAGUCGCAGGCUCUGUUUAAGCAGCUGGGAUUCACAGAAGCCCAUGCAGCCAGACUGUUCAAGAAGCAGUCGGUCCAGGGCCCACUGUCCCUGCAGCUGAACCGCCUGUACAAGGUGCUCAUCCUGUCUGAUAUUCUGGAUCUUCUGCCGCUGCCCAAUGUGGCCACUAAAUACAACGUUGAGCGCGGAACUCUGCAGCACCUAAUAAGCCAAUCAAUCGCCGCCUCCAGCGCCAUUGUUCGACUGUGCGAGGAGCUGGAGGAGUUCUGGUGCUACAAGCCCUUGUUCGAGCGUAUCCUUCACAAAAUGGACCGAUGUGGCACCUUGGAACUGGAGCCGCUAAUGGAGCUGCCAGGCGUUAAAAUUAAUCGCGCCAAGCAAUUGUAUGCCGCAGGAUUCAAAAGCAUUGAGGACCUGGCCAGGAUAAGACCCAUGCUGCUGGUGCAAUCAGUGGAGCAUAUGCCUCUCAGGGUGGCCACGGAAAUAGUCUCUGCAGCUAAGAUAAUUUUAAUGAAAAAGCUUGACCAUUUGGAGGAGGAAACUGAGAAUCUGAAGGUCUGCCUGCAAUCCUCCAGCAAAGAUUAGUGCAAGAACUAGUUUAAUUAGGUUUUUUUCAUAUAUUUAUUUCAGUUUUUGUUUGUUUUAUGUUAUAUGCACUCCGACUUAAGUCUUGGAUCUGUCGAUCUCCGGACAAGGCUUAAAUAUUACAGACAAUUUUUUGUGCAAAUUGCAAUUUAAAAUUAA